AUGUCUUCAACUACGCAGAUUCGAAAGUCGCGGCGAUCGUCUGUUGACAGCAAGGACCGCGGGCCCGAUGUUGUCGCUGCUGGUGCUGCCACUAAGCGCUCCAAAGGGGAGGGGCGGAGGUCUUCCCUUGGCGGGGCUUCUAACGGUGUGCGCAGUCCCAGGACCCUCGCAGCUGUGGCGGAGUCUGUGGCCAUGGCACUGGCUGGCAACGUGGGCUGGAGGGGGAGGGGAGGGAAGCAGGAGGCCAUGGCUAGACAGGCCGCGGCCCAGGCCCAGCUCAGGAGUGGGCAUAGCAGAGCCUCCCGUAGAAGGUCCUCGGCGGCGGGGGGCACGGGGGACAGGGCCUCCACAGUGGUCGUACCGCAUGUCCCGCGGCAUGCAGCCAAUGCUGCUAUACAGAGACAACGAAGAGAGAGGGAGCUGGAGGAAGCGGCCCAGGCCAGGCAGCUCAGACAGGCACUCCUGGUCGAGGGGCCACUCCACAUGGGCGCGUCGCGGACCCUUCCAGCAUCCAAGUCGUUGGUAGACGGCCCUAAGCCAUCACCUGAGGGCAAAGAGCCCGGUCGCCACAGACCGUCCCUUGCCGCCACCUCUAGGGAUACCCUUACCCAGGUUUACGGUGGGAGGGGUACUGGUCCACGUACGAGGCCGCAUAACAGGGGGUGUAGUCGUAGCCUGCCACCUCCUAAGGGGAGGACCACGAGCUGGGCGAACAAGAGGCCUGAUGGUCGGUGCACUCCCUUCAGCGAGGGCUGCGUGUCACCACGGGACGAUCUGGAAAUACCUCCUCUCCCGCCGCGGAAACGAAAGGAGUCUGUGGCCCCGACGACUGCCCAGCAGAGGAGGACGGGUCCAGACAAGGGUCGACCUCCUCUGCGGAAGAGGCUGCGACAGAAGGCACUGGAUAAGGCCGCUAAGCUGGGCAGGGCGCUGGCUUCUAGUCGCAGUCGGACGGUACUGCAAGAAGAGGAGGGGACACAGAAUGCUCCCCCAGGUGGGAGAAUAGAUGAGGAUCCAGGGCCCAGCUACCACGAGCUAGGUAGCAGUAGUAAUGGUGAUAGUCAGGAGGAAGAGCUGUCACCGUUGAUAACAUCUAUAUCGCUUUCUACACCAGCUAUGAAGGAAGAGGCUAUUCGCCUGUCUAAGCGGACGGUGGGGACUAAUACUUCCCCUCCUAGGAGGAAGAGGGCACGACGGCCCAGUCCACCAGCAGCAGCAGCAAGAGCUGGCUUCCAGCAGCAGGAGGAGGAGGCUCCUCUACUGUCAACAGCCCAGAGUGAGGUUAGUAACAGUUUGCGGGAUGCCGCUAGGGCCCAUGGUCUGACCAUCACCAACUUGGGUGGACUACGGGACAAUUCCCUCCAGCAUAACUCCUCGACCUCUCCUCUGCAUUGGAGCCAGGCCUCGGAGGAAUUCCUGGGCACCUUCUGCAGCGCUCAUGGCCUCACUCUGGUCAACAUUGCUCACAGUUUCCCUUCACCAAGCUCCCCUGAGGUCCUCUCCUCCUCCCUGCCGGCCACCACUGUGCCGACUGUCUCUCCAGCAGCUGGUCUAUGGCAACCUCAGGAGAGGCCCUUGCGGUACCCCAGACCUGAGCCCGAUACUAGCCCUCAAGAUAUGGUCAUAGUUGAUCGGACCGCUGCCUCGGUUACUCCGGGGUCGCCAGAGGAGGUCUCGGACUAUCUAGAGGGGCCCGACUCUAUCGGUCGCUCCCAUACGCCCAUCAGAGUGGAUUCCAGUGGCUCUUCUGACGGUAGAGGUGGUCUCGACGAGGACGACAUCGAUGCGGACGAUGGUAUGAGGGUCGUUGACAUAGUCACCAGUAUGCGUAGCGCCAUAGGUACUCCUGGGGACCAGGCAGGAGUCCAUGCAUUGGGUCUGGCGGUGGGAGCUGCGGUACAAGCUAACCUUGACAUACCAUCUCUGCCUGAACCUACCAUAAUGUCUACUGGGGGGCCUAGUACAGCUGAUAGCGGCGGCCUUAUGCUGGUCGACUUCAACACUCAGAGGCGGCCUCCGAUUCGAAUCUCCAGCCCCUCGAACAGUCGUAGUGUUGGGCCGCGGCAGGGCAUAGGAGCAUCUACCAUGGGGGAUACCUCUGACAUCCUUCCCGAGUCGCUAUACGACAGUAUUGGGAUCAGCCGUAUCGAUGAAGACCCCACCGAGGAACAGCGGCAGUCCCCCAGUGGUACUACCGCCUCCCACUGUGAUGAGGAGCUCGAGCUGGACCACAUGGACCGAACGGACGAGCUCAUUCGUUUGGCCGACUCUGCCGAGCUCCAUAGGCGCCACCACAAAAUGAUCAACCAACAGGUCAGUGAUGCUUUGGCGGUAGGGGAGCGUCACAGUGAGCGCCUGGCCCGGGCCCAGAAGCACUUGGCAGGGGGAGUGGCCCAGCCUGCCACUAGUAUUAACCGUGCAGAUGGUACUGUGCAGACGGAGAGGGAGGACAGCAUGAGGGAGGCCUUGGGUCAUGGGACAGUCCAUGUCCCGAUGGGAGUCCAAACGCUGACCGCCACGACGGAGCCUCCCACGGUACCUUCGGUGGAGGCUAUUGGUCUCCAGACGGAGAUAGGGAGGAUGGAGAUGGACAUUGACUGUCUGGACCACUCACUGGAGGCUAGUACUGAUAUCGACCAGGCGUUGCGUGGAGCCUUCGUCCAGGACUCUCGCCAUGGUUUCUCUUACCCCAUGUGGACCCAGACGGAGGGGCCAAGUCGAGGCGUGGACCAAGGUGUACAGCCGAGUUUGUCCUCGAAUGGAGGUCGAUCUAAUGCAGCUCGGUACAGCAGAGGUGCGUCGGGUGUGGAGGUGGAGCUCUCUCACUCCUGUGCUGCUAUAGGCUCCUCUAGGGCUCGGUCUGGUAGUAACCGCUCUAGCCCUACCUACUCUAUGGUGGGCUUCGAGGAUGAGGAGGCCACCACUUCCGAGGUCUCUGUGGUCCAGCCCGGCUCCAUUGUGGCCUCGUCGAUCCAGUCGGACAUAUCCCUCCCUUUCACUUCACCGUUCAGUGACUGGCGGUCAGCGUCAUCGACUGGCAGAGGUCCGGGGUCGGCAGAUCCAGAGGAGGCCAGCAUUCUUACGGCGAGCGCUGCUUUGGAGGGCCAUCUGAAUCUCACCUACAGGAACCUCAGAAAUGAACGAUCGACUCACGGAGGGGAGGCCAACGAUGCUGGCCUCCGGUCUAGCCAUACAUCGUUAUAUGAGUCGAGGUUGAGCAACAGCCCGUCCUCUAGCAUGUCGAUCCUCACUGAGUUCACUGUUGAUGGUGGUAACAACGUGAGUGUAGAGGAGGUCAGUGGAGCCUUGGCCCGGAGGAGGAGGAAGGCCGAGGCGGACGUCGAGGAGCGCAUCAGGAGCAGUAGGGAGAAGAUGGCUGCUGGCAAGGAAAGGGACAUCGCCUCUCCGCAGAAGAGGCGGCGGGAGCAUCGCAGGGCUGUGGAGGAGAGGAAGAGGAGACGUCGGGAGGCUAAGGACUCCUUCAAGACCUCCUUGGAGAGAUUCAGUGAAGGGCUGAUGGACUCCCGAGGGUCCAGUGGGUCUAGUACGGACUCCCUCUCGAUCAUCAUCAGAGAUGCGGAACGCCGGCUUCUAGCGCAGCAGCAACGGUUGAAGUCGAGAAGUGAGGCUGUUGCUAAGGACACGAGGGUGACUGAGGAUGCCCUACGGGAUAAUGCAGCGAAGCUGAGGAAGGUAGAGUACCUAAAGGAGUUGAAGAAGGAGAUCUCUGAGGCCAAGAGGGAGGGGCCGCCGUUCGAGAUCACUCAAGCUGUUGAGGAUGCUGAAUUGAGUCCCACUGGUCCCACGACACCAGCGGUAUCCGAAGGGCCGUCGAGGGAGGACGCUGAAGUGGUGGCGGAAAGUGUCGUUGAAGAUCGUAAGGAGGCGAUCGAGGAGCCACCCGUCCACGAGGCAAGUCCACCUGCGGUCUCGGGAGCCUCUGGUAUUCGGCAGCGCUCACAGGUGGUUGAGGGAGCGGCUGAGGAGGAGGAGGAUGAGGCGGCCUUGGUAGGGAGCGACGAGGAGAGGAAGUCGACGGCCUCGAUCACCCUACAACGGAUCCAUGCGGUAGAGGCUCAGAACGAGGAGGACAGCCAGAGCAAGCUCGAACUAGUGGAGACCCUGGCCCGCCUCGAGCCGUCCUCUCCUGCUGUGACCCCCGGUAGCAUCGUAGUUGUCGCUCCCGAGGGAGAUAAGGAUUUCGGCAGCAGCCGUGAAGAGCUCUCCCGUGACACUUCGGACUCGGCAGUGCUAAUCGCGGACCCAGUGGAGGCGGCCAGAGCGGUCGCAGAGGCCAAGGUCCCGUCUGUCUGGAAGGAAGUCAGCAGUAGUGCUAGUGGGAGCAGCCAACGCCGAUAUGAGUCGUCUUCGGAGCAAAUCCUCGAGGUAGCCCGCUUUGAUGCCAAGCCCCCAGUGGUGUCCAAGAAGAGUGCCGAGGACCUCGAGAUCGACAAGAUGGAGGUGGUUGAGGAGGCCCCUGUCCAGAGCCCAGAGUUAGUCCCUCUAUUGCCGAGACCAUCGACUAGCAGCAGCAGCAGUAGGGGUUCACCUGUCCUUCGGGUUGAGGGGGAACCAAGAGCGGAAUCCGUCACCCCUAUUCCCAGCAGUGACGCUCUACUAGGUUGGGCUAGGGCCUUGCCCAAGACUGAGCUGGACCAGUGUAUUGACGACAUUGCUGAACAUGUGCUGGAGUCUCUGCUGGACGACAGAGCCCUUGAGAGGAGGGUCCUCAGUGUAUUGGGACGCGAUGGCCCUUCACUGGAGGACGGCUAUCCUCAUGAUGCGGAUAGCAGGAAGCUGCAUCGACACCGCCUAGCUACGUCCAAGGCCGCCGUUGAUACUGUAGUCAAGGAGGCACAGGCUAGGCUUACCGAUAGGGAAGAAUUGGACUCAACAGCUCUUAAAGGAGGGAAUGCUGAUGCUUCGGCGCUAGCUGAGAUGCAAUACAAGGUGCCGGCCGAUUCCGGAUACACCCACAGGCUUCUAUGGGAAUCUUGCCUCGAGCUAGCUCGGCAGCCCUCGGAUGCCCAACGGACGUGCGCUCUCUGGAGCAAACGCUUCCCCGGCACGAAGUCUCCGUUGACGCACUUCGUGGCUGUUGUGAACUCGUGGUCUUCAAUUCAGCAACAAUUAAACCAGAUACUGGAGAUAAACUCCGACUUGCGCAUGCGUGCAGAUGCUGGUUUGCAUCACUCCGAGGUGCAACAAGCAGAGGAGCGGCGAGUUGACGGCCUUGCAAUGGGCGCUGUCUCCUGUCUUGCCGUUACCGGUGUCACCGCCCUCUACGACUGGAGUCAGCGGAAAAGAAUACGGUCUAGGAUAUUGGUGGACGUGGAUGAGGAAGUGUUUGCUGCGCUGGUCGAAGACUUCGCUCUAGAGCUUAGAGAUGAGUAUGAGGAGGGCGGGGGAUGA